AUGGAAGAAGACUCAGGCAAGGAGUAUGCUCCCCCGAAGUACGAGUUUCAGUAUGGCGUGAAGGACGGAUACUCGGGCGUGGACUUUGCCCACGGAGAGUCCCGUGACGAGGAUGAGACUCGAGGCUCUUACACAGUGCAGCUUCCCGACGGCCGCCUGCAGAGGGUAACAUACUACGUGGACAGCGACGACGGAUACGUGGCCGACGUGACGCACGAGGGCGAGGCUCAGUUCCCAGAGUCCGAGGAGUCCCGAGAAGCUACUGUAUAUGCCCCACCAAGGCCGUCCUACGGGUACCCACAACUUUGGUUCUGA